AUGUUGCCUCAGAAGAGGGGACGAAUACCUUCCAGAAUAGCCGUCAACUGUUACUGGAACGUCCUGGCAGUUUUCUUACUGUUUCUUCCAAGUGCGUUGUCUCUCCAGCCAGCCCAGCCCAGAGUGUUACUAGUAUCUUUUGAUGGAUUUCGAUGGGAUUACAUCUAUAAAUUCUCAACUCCCAGUUUUCAUUAUGCUAUGGAAAAUGGUGUUCAUGUCAAACAGGUCACUAAUGUGUUCGUAACGAAAACGUAUCCUAAUCAUUAUACAAUGGUGACUGGUCUCUAUGCAGAAAGCCACGGUAUAGUUGCUAAUGAGAUGUAUGAUCCUGUUCUGAAUGAAACUUUCUCUAUGAACAAAAUGGACAUCUAUAACUCCAAGUUCUGGGAAGAAGCCAGUCCAAUAUGGGUAACGAACCAGAGGGAAGGACAUAAAACCGGGGCAGCAAUGUGGCCUGGAACAGAUGUGAAAAUACAUGGAGUCUUUCCUACAUAUUAUAUGCCCUACAACGAAUCUGUUUCCUUUGAAAAUAGAGUUGCUAGGCUUGUUGACUGGUUUACAUCAGAAGAACCCAUAAACUUUGGUCUCCUAUAUUGGGAGCAGCCUGAUGCGAUGGGACAUGUUCUGGGCCCAGAAAACCCACUUAUGGGACCGAUCAUUGCUGACGUUGACAAAAAGCUGGGAUAUCUUAUGUCUGAACUGAAGAAAGCGAAGCUGUGGGAUGUGAUAAAUGUCAUAAUCACAAGUGAUCAUGGAAUGUCACAGUCCUCCUUGGAAAGGCUCAUUGAGCUUGAUCAGUAUGUGAAUAGAGAGCUCUACACAGUCAUUGACCAUUCUCCUGCAGUAGCUAUUUUGCCAAAAGAAGGCAAACUGGAUGAAGUAUACGAAGCCCUGACCAAUGCUCAUCCCAACAUGACUGUAUAUAAAAAGGAGCAGAUUCCAGAUAGAUUCCAUUACAAACACAACAGUAAAAUUCAACCAAUCUUGGCACUGGCUGAUGAAGGAUGGGAAAUUGUAUAUAAUAAGUCUGACCAUUUUCAGUUUGGCAAUCAUGGAUAUGACAACAACUUACCAGAAAUGCAUCCAAUUUUUUUGGCAGUUGGGCCUGCUUUCAGAAAGAAUGCCACCAAAGAAGUAAUGAAUGCUACAGAUUUAUACCCCUUAUUGUGCCAUCUACUUGGUAUUAACGCGCUGCCAAACAAUGGUUCAUUCAACGCUGUGAAAGAUAUUCUUGCUGAAAAAGUCCCUGUAGCCUUCGGAGCAGACAUCUAUGCUACUGUUGUAGGAGUCUUUCUGGGCAGCCUUCUUGUUAUGAUUUUUAUUGCAGUUUUUGUUAAGCAUUUUAUCCUCACCCAAGCAAAUACCAUGCAAAUGCAACAUACUGAAGCUGCCCAGCCACUGCUGCAAGAUUAA